AAUUUUCAGGAAACAAAACAACGAAUGAUUUUUUCUUCUCAACGGUCGUUGAUCAUUAUAAUGAUUCUGAAUGAUGUGCUUCUUAUUCCAUGAUCAAUGAAAACACCAGUAGUUAUUUUUUUUUCAACAACAAAUUCAACAACAAAAAUGGCAAUAAAACCAUCAGAUUUAAGAAUUUUUUCGUGUUGAAAAAAUCAAUCAUUGACAAUUGAAACCAGACAACAGCUGUAAUAAGAAAUUUGAAAGAAAAAAAAAUGAAUGGACCAUUAGAAACGGCAACAUUACCACCGCUGACAACUACCCCCAUUCAAUCAAAUGGUAGCUUAUUUUCUUCCUAUUACCAUCCACACCAACAUCAGCUUCAUCAUCAUCAUCAUCAUCAUAAUCAUGCUAACCAUUAUCCAUUAAAUGGCCAUUAUCAUUUAUAUCCAUCAUCAACAACCACAACAACAGCAACCGCUAAUGGUGCUAUUCAAACAACCAAUGGAUCCCAUGAUUGUGAAUCGCUAACAUCACUUAAUGAUGGUGAUAUUCAUGUAACUGUAUUACAAAUUGAUCAACAACAACAAUUCCAAAGUAGUAAUGGUUAUCAUAAUGGAAAUGAGGUUAUGAACUCUUUACCAUCAUCGAAGAAUUUAUCAUAUCAUCAACAUCAUCCUAAUAAUAAUAAUAAGCAAUUAACUGGCUUGAACAACAGUGAUUUUGUUACCGUAUUGACAAUCGUUUCAACCGGUGCCACAAUAUUGACUCCAUCAACAUCAACAAUAACGACGACGACGACGACAACAGCCAAUCAAGUCACAAUGAAUGAUACGGGAUCAAAUUAUAAUCAUCAUCAGAAUAGUAAUCAAAGGAUAUUUAUCGAUAAUAAACGUGGAGAAAUUGAAGAAGAAGUGAUAAUUUAUCGUUUACCCGGUGAACGUUUGGGUAUGGCAUUGAGGUUUGAUGGUGGUCAAAGUGCAAAUGAAACUAUUCGUCGUGUUUUCGUACAGAGCAUUACGUUGAAUUCACCAUCAGCCAAAGCUAUUGGCUUGAUGUUGGGUAUGUUACGUGAAGGUGAUGAAAUUCUACAUAUCGAUGGUCGGUCAUCUUCUUCGUUGACCCGGUUAGAAUGCAUAACAUUGCUACGCGAUGCUCCCGUUUGUAUUCGAUUGUUUGUUCGUCGAAGAAAUUGUUCGAAUUCUCUCAAUAACAACAACGGUGAAGAUAAUGGCGGUGUUCAAAUGGCCCAAAACUGUCAAACAUGUCCAUCACAACAGCAUCCAACAUCAAUGACAACAACUACAAUGACGACAAUGACAACAGUAGCAGUGCCAAAAGUAUCAAAUUGUUGCCAAAUGCCAAUACAUCUGCCAAAUUUGAACAGUCAAUAUUUGAAUUCAAAUCACAAUCACCUAAACAAUAAUAAUGAUGUACAGAAUCGCUUGACCGCAUCAUCAUUAUCAUCAUCAUCAUUGUCUUUAUCGUCAUCGACAUCAUCAUCAUUGAUAUCAGCAACGAAUACGCCAUUGUUGACCCAGUUGCUCAAUAGUUGUUCUGACCAAUCGAUAGCAUCAUCAUCAUCGAUAUUGAACAAUAAUAAAAAAGUUCCACCACCGGUUCCACCAAGGAUGGCAACAACAACAUUGUCAUCGAAACGUAAACCAAGGCCAAUGCCUAUACCACCGCCAACACAGUUAACGGUAGACAAUCCUAAUGAAAUUUUAGCCAAUCAACAUCAUCAAAUCGAUACUAAAAAUGUCGAUUUAAUCACUAAUCAAUCAAGCGAGCAGACAAUGAUCAUUAAACAAAACAACAAUGGUAGUGUUGGUUACAUUGAACAACAUGGCCAAUAUUCAACACCGAUUGUUCACCAACAACAGAAUUAUUCACAGCCGGCACCAACCACACAGCAGCAGCAGCAGCAAUCAAUAGCAGUUAUAGAAAAACCACCAAGACGAAAAAACUUUCAUUCCAACUGUACAACAGGUCAUCAAAAUGUUGUUAAUGGUAAUCCACCACCAUUACCACCUCGAAGACCAAAAGGACCACCACCAAAACCACCAAUAGAUCGAAUACAAUCAACACCGUCGAUUGUUAAUGUUGUCAAUUUGAUCCAAAAUGGUUAUCAACAACACCAACAACAACAACAACAAAAUCAAAGCAAUAUUAACAUUAGCAAUACGGCUAGCCUACACAAUACUAACGCAGUUGUUACAACUGCAAAAUCUUUACCAUCAUUAGUGACAGUCAUUCAUUCUCCUACGAAUUCGAAUCUAAGUAAAGUAAUGGAAAAUCAUUCACAUACUUCAAUAAAGCCAACACCGAAUAACACUGCCAAAGUUUCAUUUAAUAUUUCUAAUUCAAAAGUAUCAUCAUUUAUACGUCAAACGGCUGAAAAAUUACAUCGAAAACUUUCUGGAAAAGCCAUUUCAACAUCUUCGUUGUCGUCAUCGUCAUCGUCAUCUUUAUCGUCAUCAUCAUCAUCAUCGAAUGGAGAAUCGGAUGAAGAAAAAGAUGUCAUAAUGAAUUCCAUCAACAAGUCUAACAGCAGCAGUACUUCAAAAGGUUCGACAACCGUCAUAGUUGAUUUAGCUAAAACAACAAUCGAUAAUAAGGAAGAAAUUCAAGGAAUGAAGCUAGAUAAUGUCAUUCUUGUUCAUAGUAAUAAUGAAAAUAAUAAAUCUGAAGUUGAAUUUGAUGUAGAAGAAAGAAAACCGACAACAACAACAUUAUCGUCGUCGACACUUCCAUCUACGACGACGAUGACUUUGUUGACAACAACAACAACAACAAUAUCACCUCCACCACCAACCGCCGCAUCUUAUUCAGAUUUCAAUCAUUAUUCUGAAGAGUCUUUUGAAUCUGAUACGGAUGAUACAAGCUCUUCAGUAUCCACUAUUAUUGAAAGAGGACCAUAUUGUGGCAACAAUUCAUUCGUAGAACAUACGAAAACCACCAAUGUUGAUGAUGAUGAUUAUGACAUUGAUAAUUUAUCAAUUGUUGAUAGGGUACUAAGUCCUUUCGAAAAAUUGGACAACAAAGACAUUUCACCAGUGAAUUCAAAAAUCACAUCGGCUACUACUACUACUACUACUACUGAUAGCUUGGAAACGAAUUUAUCGGCUCAAUCAUAUUUGGUCACAAAUUUAGCGAUCGCAACGGAUAAACAUUAUUCGCAACAACAACAACAAUCUGAACAACCACACCACCAACUGUCAUCCGAUAAGACAGACACGGAGCUUAUCAAUGAUGAUGAACAGUUGAUGAUGAUGAUAGAGACAACAGAAAAUGAUUUUACGACCGCUAAUGAACCAAUGUUGAUUGAUGCUGAUCGAUCAUAUUCGAUUGAUGCAUCUCCGAACUGUAUUGGAAACGAUACUGAUGAUUUUCGACGAGAUCAUCUUCAAGCUAGUAGUGGUAGUGAUGGCAGUGGUGGUGUUGAUAUAGAACAAUCUGUUGAUUCAUCAAUAAUCAAAGAGAAUAACGAUGAUGGCCAUUCGGAUGAUGAAGAUUUAAUAGCAAUUAAAAAUGAUCUAUUUAGCCGAUUAGAUGAUGAUAAAGAUGAUUUUAUGAUUGAUACAGAUUAUUUAAAUGAAUCAUCAAGUCGUUUUAUGUUUCAUCAUAAUAGUAGUGAAUUGAUUUUAAAUUCAUAUAGUGAAUUAUCAUCAAUCACUGAAGAAGACGAGGAUGAUGAUAAUUCUACAUUUGAAAUGAAAUGUCUGGAUAAUGGUAGAACAAUUCCUGGAAAACAACAACAAAAACCUGUUGUUCCCGAAAAGCCAAUUAUUGGAAAUAUCAAACAACCAGUCAUCAACAUGAUGAAUAAUGAAAUGCAUAAGAUGAAUGGAUCAUUGAAGCCAAUCUUAAUUACUAAUGGCGAAUGUCAAGAUAAUCGAGAUAAGGAACAAAAAUUGGAAAAUUUGAAAGUAGAAUAUAAUGAUAAUGAAGUAGUGAAUAGAAAUCAUUCUUCUGAUUGUGAUUCAUCAACAUCAUCAUCGACAUCUGAAUCAUCUGAUGAUCAAACUAAAGUUAGCCUGGAUAAUGUUUUUGAAUUUCUCAAUAAAGCCACUGAUGAUUUUGAAUUUGUUGAAAGAAUGUUAGAAUUAACAAAUGAUAAAAUCGAUUCAAUCGAUGAUAUAAUGCGUAUUCGUGAAUCAUUACGUGGUCUACAAGAAUCGGAUCAACGUGAAAAUUUACAAAGAUUUUUAGAUGGUAAAGAUGUUUUUGAAGAGCUUAUUGCAUUAUCAUCACCAUCGUCUACUUCUUCUUCUGUUUCAUCAUCAUCAAUGUUUUCUUCAUCAUCAUCAUCAUCAUCUUCAUCACAUUUAUCUGCACCAUCUUCUCCGGAUCAUGAAUUUCCACCUUCUGAUCAUCAUCAUCAUCAUCAUCAACAACAACAACAACAUCAGCAAAUUCAUAAUAAAUCUAACGCAAAUGUUAAACGAUCCAAUGGCCAAACAACAACACCACCAACGCAUAACCUUUUACAAAUGGAGAGUUCUAUUGAUUUUGCUAGCCUGCCAGUUUGUUUAUCAGAUCAACAACCAUCAUCAAAAAAUACACCAAAAUUAUUACUUAAUCCACCGCCACCAUCAGCAGCAAAAAAACAAUUCAAACAACAACCUACGCCAAUAAAUAAAUCGAUAAUGAUGACCAACAACAAGGUGGAUCAAUCGAUUGAUUCGAAAAUUCCAACGCUAUUUCCAAUUACUUUGUCAUCGAAAUCAUCAUCAUCAUCAUCGUUAAAUAAUUUGAACAAACGUUCACAAUCGAUAUCGAAUAUUUUUAGCCGAUCCACAAAUAGUACAAUGAUGAGUAAUAAUAACGGUUCAUUUAAUUCGUUAAUCGAAACAAAACCUAGUCUAAUACCGAGACCAAUUUCUAAUUUUAAUCUAUCAUUACCACAAUCAACAUUGAACAGCAAUAAUUUAACAAAUGUUAGUCAACAACGAACUAUGAUGAUCAAUAAUCGUAUAACAACCAGUCACAAUUGUUUGAAUCGAUCAACAUCGAUGCAAUCGAUAUUUUCUACAAAUUCUUUAUCACGUUCAACAAAACAUGUAUCAAAAAUAGCAAAUGGCACAUUGACAACACCACGGCGGCAAUCAUCAACUAUUACCUCGGGAUUAUCAACAACAACGACAGGAAAAAAUUAUCAUCACAAUUGUUUGAAUCAUAAUGAUGGAUCACCACCAUAUGGUUAUGGUUCAUUGUCAAGAUUGAAUUCCAAAUCAAGUACAAAUGUUUAUAAUACUGGUAGUUUACCACGUCCAAUAAAUAAUAAACAAACAUCAUUCCAUAAUUUAAAUAAUAAUAAUCGAAACAAUCAAUCAAAUAAUAUUCAAUUAUUAAAUCAUCAUGAUGGAUCAUCGAAUAAUAAUCGAGAUUUUCGUACAACAUCAUUAACUGAUUUAACAUAUGGAGCAACCAGAAACAAUCCUGCACGUCGAAUACAUACCAAUGCACGGAAAAAACAUUCCUGUUUAUUAUAUGCACCAAAUAAUUCCAAUCGACCACCACCACUACCAUCACCUAUAAAACCGAUAAAACCUAAACCUAUCCCUGUGGUGACGGAAAUUCGAACUUAUUGUCCAAAUAUUAAUAAUAAUAAUUCUAUUAUAAAUGGUGAUGGUAAUUGCAAAAAAAUUGAACAAGAAUCAGAUGAUGAUAACAACAACAAUAAUGGUGGUAAAAAACGAAUCAUUGUAAUCAAGAAUCAUUGUACGAUUAAACCACCUGUUGCUACAUUUAAAUCGAAAAAAUUUGAAGAAAUUUUUUAGGAAGAAAAAAAAUUUUCCAAAGCUUUAAUUUUCCUAUACAAAAUCUUUAUCUGGUUCUGGUGGAAUUUUCAACAUGAGUUCAACAUUCUUUUUUUGAUUGAAUCAUAAUCCUCAAUUCCUUUUCCUUUUGACUUUUUUUUUGUGACACCAAAAAAAAGUUGAAAAAUUUGCAUAAAAAAUCUCUCUUUUUUCCAAAUAUUUUCGGUCAUUUU